AUGCAUGCAGUUUGUGGAGAUGGAGCAGGAACUACUCAUAUUGAGAUUGGAAGAAUCACUGGAGGAUUUGUUCCAUCUGACAAUGUGGGAAUUCAUAUUUUCAUUAGAAGCGCAAUAAGCCGCAUCAGUAAUGCGAUGUGCAAAACAAAAAACAACAACACAUCACAACCGAUGCAGCGAUUGUCGCCAAUGCCAUUUUCAGGGGACGAGAAUUUUAGGAGAACAGGCGAGAGAUUACAGCAAGAGCUUUCUUUUAUACGGAAUCUGACGGUGAAUCCUAUUGGUUCAAAUCUAUCAUCGACUUUUACAUCAGCAGGCAAAGAUGAAUAA